CCCAAAGGGGCGCUAGUAGCGCUCUGUGGAACGAAAGUUCCCGGUCCCAAUUACCGCACUCUUGAAGUAUAGCUCCAAGAAGAAAUAUAAAUACCAUUCGCCAAGACCUUACAGAGGUUGCAAACUGGAAAUGGUUACCUGAUCACUCGGCCUCCACGACUUGCAUUCAAAAUACUUAACGAAAUGAUCAGCGGCAUAAAACUAGCGAUUCUGGCCCUCGCAGGCACAGCCGCCGCGGUGCCACGCCCCGAGGCUCAGGCCACGCCAACCAAGCCGGGCGAAUGCACGACGACGACCACUUACCUUGACGCCGGCUUCACGGGCGACUGGAAACCAACAACCACCAUCACGGUCUACAACACGACUGUCACCGUCACGAAACCCACCGAUUGCCACGGCUGCAAUCACAUCACCUCAACCACGAAGCUCGCGCCCGGGUGGGGUGGUAUUGGACCGCAGAUCCCGCACGUCACCUACAUCAGUGCGACCGUGCCGACCACCGUCACCACCUUGGUGUGCGCCACGUCAACAGUCUAAACAGAUGAAUUACAGCACCCAUGAAAUUGGCACUGCGAGGAGUAUUGUAUUUUCGUUAUGGAUCUGUCCAACGGUUCGCCAUUGUGGUGGAAUCGGGGUUUAUUUUUAUUAUUGAUAUGAGGCGAUGAGAGCAUUGGGACUAUCUACGAUGGCUUAGGGGAUGAACAGACAUGGGUAAUAGCAAACGUUUUUGGCCACCUGAUAUUCGUCUGGCAGAAUUGGUUCGACGCAUCUAGAUAGUUGAAAUGAGAUAUAUUGGGCAUUCAAGAAUCGUUUUCGAAUUGUUUGCUGAGUACCGGACUGGUGGAACUAUUGGGCAUGAUUGACACGUCCUUAGAAUAUUUCUAUAUGUUCUAACAUCUUGGUAAACAUC